AGGGACUGUUUCAGGGACUGUCUCAGGGACCAUUCACGGCGUCUUGUUCCCGUAUCCAUCGGCUCUCAGCCAAUCAGGAAACACUACGCUCUGUAACCACUCACAUUUCCACCGAAUCUCCCUGCAACACAUGACCUCUUAUUUCCUCUUCGCCCAAACCAGACCUGGCGGAGUUGUGUCUCUUUUUCUUUAGUGUCUUUUGUCUCUUGUACUGCAACAACACAGCCAUGGCUUUACUCAAGAAGAUUUGCCUGUUUGUUUUAUCCAUUGUGGUUAUAAACUCCGUCUCCGCUGACAGUAAGUAGGUCGACCUCAUGUGUUGUCGUGUUGUUGUGAAACUUGAGGAUCUAAUAGGUUUACUUGUGUGCAUGUGUGGUUUUGUAACUGUGAUUUGUGCCCAUAAUCACCUGUCAGCUGCAGCGUGUUAAACCAUGCACGAUCUCUCGAACCGAGAUUAACAUGUUAACACCUUAUAUAUCUAUGAGCAGUGUUUCAUAUAGCAGCACCCACCUGAGGUGUGCAGGGGUGUAAGUGGGUCUCUAUUUAAGGAAACAAGUAUGUGGAAUCCAAACCUUAUAAUAAUAGUGGUCUGCAGUCCAAUUUGUGUCAGUUCAAGUGUGCUCCAUGUAGAAAAAGCAUGAAAAUCACCCAAAUCUCCACGCACAAUAGAGCUCAUGCCACUGCAGUGUUUCAGCUUUAACAUUCACUUUCAUCUAUACAAUAUUCAUAGUUAAACCCUGUUAACUUUGGUGAACCAAAAACAAUACUGUUGUUGUUCAGCCGGUUUGUUGACAUCUACCCCCUUGCACCAGUUUUAGGCAUCAAAAUUUGCAGUUUAAAGAUAGUCAAUAAAGUCGCUGGUGGUUUCCUGCACACUAGAGAAUUUGGAGUCAAUGCCCGAAGUUUAUUCAAUCAAUAUUUCCUCAGAGAUGACGAAAGCCACUGUGUACUGGGACCCUGAGCAGAAGACCAUCAUCCUGAAGGAGGGGGUGGUGGAGACAGAAGGAGACGCAUACGGGUAUCUGAAUGACACCUUUUCCAGGACGGGCUGGAGUGUCCUAGAGGUCCAUGCUGGGUAUGGACAGACGCCUGAAACUGAUGAGCUGACUUUUUUCCUGGCCGGUUACCUCGAAGGUUUCCUCACUGCUCAGUAAGUGGUGUGAAUGUGCGAGCUCAAUACGUACAUAGUUCCCUUAUCAUUUCCACUUAAACCUUUUGCUGAGGCAUUCAAUAAUAAACACUACUCAGAUUUAACCUUUGACAAGCUCUGAAACAACUUAUAAAUGAUUGAAGGCAUCCACGAGUGUCUCUCAUGACACAGCAAGAAAACUGCAAACUCAUCAAAUCAAAACACUACAGGUGACCGAACACUGUCUGCAUAUUCUCAGUUUUUAACUUUUUAUGAUUUCUGUUUCUUGUGCAGGCAGAUGAUGGACCACUACACCAACAUGUACCCUCAGGUGAUCAAAGACCCAAAGCUUCUGGGCCCCAUUCAGACUUUCAUAGAGUGAGUCUGCUCUCUUUUCCUAAGAAAAACCAUUAAAGCGUAGCUGCAAAACUAACAUGACACAUCACCGUCAUCAUCUUUCAUAUCCUCUUUAUGGGGUUUUAAGUUAAGCUCACUCCUUCCCCAAUUUUUACCUGACAUUUCGGCUUUCACUGCAAUAACUUGUAAUUAUUUGAAGGGUUUUCCCCAGGAGAAUGAUAUUUAUUUUCAUAUAUGAUUCAUCUGUUUGAGCCAGUUCCUCAAAAUACAUAUGUUAAACAAAAUGCAAAAACUGUACUCACUGUCAACGUUUUGACAGUGAGUACAGUUUUUAGCUUUUUUUGUUACAACAGGAUUGAAGAGUAUAUGGUCCUCUUGUUAUUGUAGGCAGCAGGACGCCUGGACUAGAGAGCAGGUUAAACUGAACAAAGCCUCUGAUCCUCUGUGGAAACACGCUGGCUUCAUCGUAGCACAGAUGGACGGGCUGCAAGCAGGAGCAGCAGACUGGGCCAAGGAACAAGGGAAAAAGGUACAAAGACCACACCCCAGGCAGGAGCGGGAGGUGGAUUACACAACAUAACCCAAAUGAAAAUUGGCUUCUUGCCUUGGCCUUGCCCUGUUUUUCAUCUUUUCAAGCGUCUCUCGUAAGUCUAAGAGAGGAGAGGGAGGUAAAGCAUACUGCCUUACCCAACCGGGGUGAGCUCUAGCCUGGAUCUGCAUUCCCUUUCCUCUUUUCUGCAUCUCUCUACAGGCUCUUAUCUCUGUUUUUCCUCUCUUCUACCAUGAAUGUGGGAAGGCAGGAGGAAGCAAAACAUACAAUCCUAAGCACGAUAUACCUAUACUUUCAAUCUAUGCUAUAGCAUUUGCCAUAAUGGGAUAUUACAGACUGCUGCGGGGUGCGCAGCUCAAGGAAAAACAUUUAUGAUCAUUACUUUAUCAUUUCUUUGAAGUAAUAAUCACCAUAUUAAUUAUUUUGCACUGCAGACGCGGUACUUCUUCUGCCUUAGCGUCUCAGUCUGAUUGCAUUCCCAUGAAGAAAUGACCCUAAAUUAAUUUUACGCCGGAAUAUCCCUUUAAUUUGAGAAGCUCUGUCCUGUAUCUAUGCAGGAGCUUAUAUUUGCAGCCUGACAUGCACCUUCUCAAAAGUGACACUCAGUUUUUCCUUUGCAUUUACUGCAGCAUGAUUAACUGCUGCUCAACAUUUAUCAGCUACAACUCCAAAAUCAUAUCCCCAGAUUUAGCCCCUAUGACUUUUUGUGCACAAAUAAACAGAGAAUAUAGCAUGACUGGGAACUGGCAAUAUGACUAGCAUAACAAAUUGCAUCGCCAACCAGUGUAAGGGCAAAGUACUGCAGAGCAAUGAGGGCACAAGGGAGCACAAGUAUAUAGUGCUCAGAAUUACAUAGGUUAUUAUGGCAUGGAUAGAGGGUGGAAUCAGCAUAGAUGUAUAAACCACACAAAGAAUGCAACAGUACAACUUUCAACAAGAACAGAAAUGAGGAAAAUAAACACAGAAGUACCAUUAAGGUCUUGUAAGAAAUGAGGAACUGCAAACAGAACUUGUAAUCACACAUCAUGUUUUUAUGAUGUGUAAUCCGACAUGAAAGAUUUCAACAUGUAAAAGUUUAUUUUUAUCAGAUAUGUUUCCGUCAAGUGCUAAAACUAUUGCUAAAUCUGAAGAAUUUAAGAGUAGAAACAGGUCAAAUUUACCCUGAGCACCAGUUUGAGGAUAACAGGAGAUAUUUAUUGACACGGGUUGAAACUAAGUGAGGCUCAUUAGUUGUUUUGAUUAUAUUCUGGACUCACAGGUGUCUCAGUGUUAAAGAAGUACUACUCUUCUUUUUCAUUUUCUAACUCACAGCUGUUUAUCUGCUGUCUUUCCCACAGCCUCUGUCCCUGUUUGCCGUCCAGUUCCUGAACGCAGUUGGAGAUCUGCUUGAUCUGAUCCCAGCCCUGGUCCCUGAUUCUAACCCUCCGCUUAGAGACUUCAAACUCCCGGGGAUGGGACACUGCUCUGCACUCAUCAAGGUCAGAGGUCAAAAAACUAUCCAGACGGCUUCUCACAAACUCAACACACAGAACCCCAAAAAUCUAUUCACUGAAAUCUUUUGAAUCGGCGUCUCUACAUUCAUGCCAGCAAGUCAUUUCUAGAGUUUCAGUUAACGAGGUAGUUCUACUGAUUUGAUGAUCUACGGUGACCAACAAGGGCAGACAGCCCACCAUGAACCGAAUCUCCCUAUUUCAUUUCAGUAAAACACAAAAGUUGAUAUUAAGCCUGAACAACACAAGUUACAAAAUUACAAUGCAAAUGAAAGAAAUGCAAAUGAAGGCAGAGCAUCAAUCAUGACUACAUGACCAAGCCCACGCAUAAACAGUUUCAGCUUGUGUUUAAAAUAAUUCAGGCAGGAUCCAGUCUGAGCUUUACAGGUAAGGUAUGCCUUUAGAUGUUUGUACAUUUUUAAUGCAUGUCAAUAACAGGACUCGGGUCACCUUUCAGUUCCAGUUACAUGCUCCAUGUGUUACAGAGUAGAACCAAAAGAUCACUAAGACACUAGGUGCCUAAUUUUGUAGGCAAGUAAGAUGAAAAUGAAGUCACCCUUCAUUCAAGCAACCCUGAAAGUAAAGAUGUGAAAAAGCCUCUUCAUCCUUUUUGUAGCACACCUACUGGGAAAACACAUCCUCUAUGAGGCAGUUAUUGUGGUGAUGAAGUUAAGUGGUUCCGUUUACAUUCACACUCCUCAAGUGAUUCCACCUCCUCCUACUCUAAUGUGUGUAUGCUUUGUUGUUUUUUUAUGAAGUUGCAUGCAUCAAGUUGCACAAGGAAAGUAAGAAAAGGGGAAUAACACUCUAAUUUAACUCCAUCAUUUAGUAAUAUGUUGUUACUGCAGCCUCUACUGUUCAGCGGGUGCCUCCCCCUGUUCAGGGUCAAAUUCCAUAUCAAAUGUAUUGUGUUCUGAUACGGGUUGUUUUGGAGCACUCGCCAUGUUUGGUUUGGUGUUUUUCCGCCUCUGCAUCUUCCACCAUCUGCACCAGUCUGCACAUUCAUCCUGCGACAACAUUCAGGCAGCUAGCUAGUGCAGCACCUUAUUAUUGCAGCAUCUCCACCUACUCAGAUCACAGCAGAGACAAUAUGGUUAGAAACUGAGAGGCUGCAGGUCCUCCACAAUGGCUGAAUUUGUGAUGAUUCUUGCAACUGUAUUCUACAUCUUGCAUUAAAAAGACGAGGAUAUGUUGUCAACAAUAAAAAAAUACCUUUAUACUGGAUCUGUAAACUUAAAGCUACUGCUAUAGCUAGCUGAAUACACUUGCAUCUUCAGCAGGUAAAUAGACUAAAAUUGGUGAUGCCUCUUUAUGAGCUACAAAGGCAACCCACUGAGCAAUAGACGGCUAUAAGAUGUCUUUUUUUUUUUUUUUUUUUUUUUUACCUAAUUUCAACCGUCUAGAUUCUGUAUAUUUUUAGACCCAAUUUAGACAUUGCACUUUUACCCAUUAUUUGAUAACUAUUUAUUUCAAAAGCAACUAUGAGUUGCAUAACUGAUCUCAAAGUACUUAACCAAAAUAAUUAUGAUUGCCAUUGAGCAAUAUAGAGUUAGACCUCUGUUAGCCAGCUAGUUUAAACUUGGUUUAAUUUUAGACCUCUAAAAAACUUUCAUUUUUGGACCCGUGGUAGCCUGAUUUUAGACCAGUUGUCUAGGUUACAUUUAGACAUCCAUUAGGCCUCCUUUAGACCAAAAAAUGCUCAGUGGGAAAUGAGACAAUCAGUGUCGGGGCUGAUUUAUAACACCUGAAACCACUGCUGACGAGUAGGUGUGAGGCAAAAUGAGUUAGAGCCCACCUGUUGCUCUGCACGUAUUCAAAGUGAGAGAUUCGUUUGACUGUUUAUAAAAAUGAGGAUGAGUUUUUUUUUUCCAGAAAACAUUUCUCACAAAUGUGCUGGGAAAAAAUCAGUCAAGUUAUUAGAUGUACUGUUUCAACUUCACAUAUGCAAAAAUAAAUAUAAACCAAAAGUUCCUGACAGGGUCUUUAAAUUUUCUCUCUCUCAGUUGCUGCCUGGUUAUGAGAACCUCCUGUUCGCCCACUCCAGCUGGUACACCUACGCUGCCACUCUGCGGAUCUACAAACACUGGGAUUUCCGUAUCACUGACCCAAACGCGGCCACAGGAAAGCUGUCCUUCAGCAGCUACCCUGGUAUGUAAGCUCAGGAAUUCACCCUAACAAGAUAACAAGGCCUGCUGUGUCCUUAACACCUUAACUGUGGCCCAUGGGGGAAGAUUGCCUUGUCUCAGCUGAUCUGUCUUAUUAGGUUUUCUGGUUUCUCUGGAUGACUUCUACCUCUUGGGCAGUGGUCUGAUGAUGACCCAGACCACCAACAAUAUCUUCAACACCUCCCUAUAUGACGUAAUCACAACUAAAAGCCUGUUUGCCUGGCAGAGGGUUCGACUGGCUCACAGUUUGGCACAUGAUGGGGAGGAGUGGGCCAAAACGUUCGCCAUGUACAACUCUGGUGAGGGAUAAGAAGUUUGUUUAACUUCACACACAGUUACAGAUUAUGUUCUAAGACAAACUGAAAAGUGGGCUCCUUAUCAAUUUAUUUUCAUGUUUUUUUUCAAAUGAUUGUCAAAGUGUCAGAUGUUUUAAUGUUGUGGAUUUGAAGUCAUAAUAAAGAUGUGAACAGAAACUCACCCCUUUUCGUCAUAUCUUGUAGGAACCUACAAUAACCAAUACAUGGUGUUGGACAGGAGUAAAGUGAAGCUGGGUCACAGUGUUGCUGAUGGAGCUCUGACUGUGGUGGAGCAGAUUCCCGGGCUGGUGGAGUACUCAGACCAGACACAGGCUCUACGCAGAGGUAGAGACACAAUAUUUAGAUGUUUCUCUUAAUCUUACAUACUUACAGAGUAACAGAAAUACAGAAACAAAGGUAAUAGAGGGACUUGGGGACUGAAUUUGGGAGUAGGCUUGGUCCCAGCCCGUGCAGCAGGCAGAUGAGAGUCAGUAAAAAGUGCUUUAAAGGUUACAGUGCACACCCAAUCCCUUAAAACUUUCUGUCAUGGGAUUUCUUUUCUCUUGCCCAAAUCUCAAAUGUUUGUCGCUUUGGAUAAAAGCGUCUGCUAAAUGACAUUGUAAAUGAAAGAAAGAGGUUGUAUCUUUGAUUGUGUUCAGUCUCUCUGGAAAUUAAAUCAUUUUUUUGGUCAGAUAAUAAAACUAAAUCCCAGCCCUCCAAUUAUUAACUGCUGGUAGAGAGAAAUUUUUUAAUUUUACUGGUGCAGACAUUGCACUGCUGACGAGCAAUUCAUGGGAGUAUUACAGAGCGACGCAGAAACUCUAACAUGGAAGCAUGUGGUGCACACUGUUCAGGUUCACCAGAAGUUAGAGCCAUACUUUACUGAACAAAUAGGCACAAAUAUGCACUGGAGACACAAGCCAAACUCCAUUCAAUCUGAACAGUCCCUUUCUACUUCUGAGACAGUUUUAGUCAUUUUAGCUCUUUGUGAACAGUUCCCACUCUUAGGCAUUGGGUGCUAAGGAUGACCAUGUUGACAGUGACAAUGAUGAUGAUAUUGAGGUUUCACAAAGAUGUUAAAUACUUUUUUGCUGAUUCUAUAGUGAUAAUGAUAUUAAUUAAAAAAACAACUUUUAUCCACCUUGUGCACUGCCUUUAGCACUGCGUAUCUGCACCUGUGUCAGAUUGGAUUUGAGGCAGUUUGUGGCAUUUGCUGAUGUUGUUCUCAUCUGUCUGGAUCUUUGCUUGUGCUGUGCUCACUUUCAAGCAUCUGCUAAAUGGAACUGUAACAUCUUGGCCUCUGUGUGCUAGUAUACAGAUGACAUAAAAACUAAGAAAACUGGACUUGACUUGACUUGAAACUUGAAUUAUCAGCAAUCUCUGGAGGGAGUUCACUCCAUCAGUUUGAUUUUUUUUAAAUACAUUUUAACCGUCUGAUUGUGUAAUGCAACCUGUGAUAAUUAAAAACAAAACUAUCUUGUAGCUGCAGCCAAGACACACCUGUUUGUUCUGUUGUUGCGUGGUUAUAUAAAGAUCUUGUUUUUCUCCAAAAGCCCAGAGAGACAAUCUUGAGUAAUAUGACCCUUCUUUGAGUGACUGUGCUGUGACUUAUUUUAAUUCAGGUCUACUCAUGCUGUGGUUUUGAUUUUAGAGCAAAUGUAUCACCUGUUCUUCACCCUAGCCCUGUUUGAAGUGUGAAAACAGAGAGGAAUGUUGUAUGUAAGGAGCAGUUGUAAUGGUUUAGGCCUCUAACACGGUUUCAUUUACAAGAUUAAUCUUCACUCCCUGUGUUCACAUCAGGUUACUGGCCAUCCUACAAUGUUCCCUUUCAUGAGAAGAUCUACACUAUGAGUGGUUACGUGCAGAUGUGGGAGCGGUACGGAGAGGACUUCUCCUACGACCUCUGUCCCAGAGCUAAGAUCUUCCGCCGCGACCAGGGCAACGUCAAUGACCUGGACUCACUCAAGUACAUCAUGAGGUUUAAUGGUGCGUUUCUUUACAUUUCUAUGACUCACACUUAGCUAGUUAUUUAUACAUACUGCAACCAGCAUUUCAUAAUUUGAUUUUAGCCUUUGCUUCUGAAAGCGGAGUGGUUGUCAUUUAUCUCAUAUUUUUAAUCUGUUAAUCUCGAAUAAAAGUCAAAUUUUGAUACUCAUAUUUUUAUAAUUCCGUGAAGUGAAAGGAAAAUUUGCCACUGGCCACAUGCUUAUGUAGCUGUUUGCUUGUUUGUGUGUUGUCAGACUAUAAGAAGGACCCAUACUCCAAGGGUAAUCCCUGCAGUACCGUCUGCUGUCGUGGAGACCUGAGGGCAGAGAAAGCUUCACCAUCAGGCUGCUAUGACACCAAGGUAAUGCCUCAUCACCAAAACCAGCCUAAAGGGGAGGCAACAAGGUCAGUUGUAAUGGUCAGUUGAUCAGGAUGACAAAAUUAGGCUCCUUGUUCAUUGAAGUAUCGUAUCGUAUCAUAUGGCAUCGUAUUGUUUUGUAUCGCAUUGCAUCGUAUUGUAUCGCAUCGUAUCCUAUUGUAUCAUAUCGCAUCGUAUCAUAUCAUAUCGCAUUGUAUCGUAUUGUCUCAUAUCGCAUUGUAUUGUAUUGUAUCAUAUCAUAUCAUAUCGCAUUGUAUCGUAUCGUAUCGCAUCAUAUCAUAUUGUAUUGUAUCAUAUUGCAUCGUAUCAUAUUGUAUCGCAUUGCAUCAUAUCGUAUCGGAUUGUAUCAUAUCGCAUCGUAUUAUAUCAUAUUGUAUCACAUCGCAUUGUAUUGUUUCGUAUUGUAUCAAAGUGUCAUCAAUGUGAUGCACUGUGGGAUUUAUAAUUUGGCAAAUACCACUCAUCAUAGGGCUGGCACACUUGUACACCAUCACUAAGCACAUGAACUUGCAUGCCAAGUGCCCCAGUGUGUAAGUGUGAUCAAGUGUGCAUAAUGGGACUGCCCACACUUAGUCCCAAUUUAGAGUCAGAGCAGCAGGGAUUGGUGAAACCAGCAUGAGUGAUCCUGGAUAGUUACGGCACAUGUAGCACAACCAGUUUCUGUUUCGCAUAUGUACAUCUGAAAGACUGACUGAAAAACAAAAGUGGCUUGAGGUAUGUGUUUGUGUGUGUGUGUGUGAGUGAGUCGGGAGGAGGAAGGGGGGGUCUCUGGGGUAGCCCAAAUCCAUCAGCUGGUCACCCACAGAGAUUCCAUAAUAGACUAUGUUAGUUUUUUUUUUUUUUUUUUUUGAUUAAAUGCACAUCUUCCCAGACUCCUGUGUUUUCUUUUACUUCAGGUGACAGAUUUCCACCUGUCUGAGAAGUUCAUAGCAGAGGCAUUAAACGGGCCGACCACACAGGGUGGACUCCCACCGUUCUCCUGGGGUAAUUUCAGCAGCAUCAGCCACCAGGGUCUGCCACAGACCUACAACUUCACCUUCGUCAAGAUGUAUCCUCUUCUCUUCCAGCCAUGAGGUGUGAGUGUGUGUGUGUGAGAGAGAGAGAGAGAAAAAAAGGUGUUUUAAGAGAUGUAAAUGAUGAGGAUUCAAAGGCACUAUCUUCGUGUGAUGGUUUUUUACUAUGACUACGCUCUAAAGGUUCAGGAUUACAGAUACUUUCGCUUGAAGUACCUCCUUCUUCUCUAUGUCAAACUGCCAAUCAGAUUUUUGAUCAGUAUUUUAAAGCCUGUAUGUCUGUGUGGGUUCGUUAGACGAUUAACUUCAGAAUUGAAAAAGAGUCAGCUGUGAUUUAUUUUUUUACCUUCAGCCAAAUGUGCCUUAAACAAGUGAUUUUAUUGUAAUAUGCAGAAUUAAUGCACAAAAUCAGUUGCUGUCUUUAACCUUUUUUUAAAUACUGAAUGCCUUCAAACAUGUAAACACUAUUUUAAUAGUGAAAGAUAAAGUGAGUGCAAUUCCAUACUCAGGGCAGUGGACUUUUUCAGGGCUGUGAUUUACGUGUGUUUGGCUCUUACAGUGUGCAAAAUCAGAAUGUCACAGGUUUUUAUAAGCAUUUGUUUUUCUGUGUUUAAUGCACAUCUGUAUCGUGUUGUCAUUUCAUGUUUUUAUUAAAGUUUUAUCAGGACAGUC